AUUUUUUAAACAAAUACUGAUAAAUCCAAAUAGUACGCUUUAUUUGACGGAUAUGAAUGACUCUGAAAACUCACAGAAAAACUAACAAGGAAAAAAUCAGAAUUUAUUGAAUUGAGUGUUAUACGAUCAUGAUAUUUUUUGUUCAAGUUUCUUAAUUGUUCUUUCUAGCAGAAAUUUGGAUUCAGUGAUUAAUUUUCGCCCGGACAUGAAUCUUGGUUAUCUACUUUUUGUUCAGCUGAUUGUUCAACUAGUCCUUAGUGAGGAUAAUGGACUGGGACUGACUCCGGCUAUGGGUUUCAUGAACUGGCAGAGAUUCAGAUGUCAGACGGACUGUACAAAUUUCCCUGACGAAUGCCUGCACGAGAAUUUGUUCAAAUCAAUCGCGGAUGCAAUGGUCUCUUUGGGUUUGAGAGACGCAGGGUACACUUAUGUUGCGAUUGAUGACUGCUGGCUGAUGAAGAGAAGAAGUGAAGAUGGCCUCUUGGAAGCGGAUCCUAAGUUAUUUCCCAGUGGUAUAAAAAGCUUGGCGGAUUACAUGCACAAAAAGGGACUCAAAUUAGGUAUUUACGCAGAUGUCGGUUCCCAAACUUGUGCAGGGUUCGCAGGUAGCAAUGGAUUUGAGAAAACAGAUGCGCAGACAUUCGCCUCAUGGGGAAUAGACAUGUUAAAAUAUGACGGGUGCCACAUUGAUCCAAAAAACUCGGGACCAAGCUACAAGAAAAUGGCAAAGGCCCUGAUUGACUCUGGGCGAGAUAUUUUGUACAUAUGUGCCUGGAUCCACAAAGACUACGACGCCGACUACGCGGAAGUGGGGAGAACGUGUAACAUCUUCAGGAACUACGUGGACGUUGCCGACAGCUGGGACAGUGUGAUAAAAAUCAUCAACUACUACGCCAAGCACCAGGACCAAUUUACCAAAUACAGUGGACCUGGUCAUUUUAUUGACCCCGAUGAACUUCUAAUUGGCGACCCUGGAACCUCGUUUGGCCAACAGAAGAUCCAGAUGUCCAUGUGGUGUAUGUGGAGUGCCCCUCUGCUCGUAUCUUCCGACCUCCGUUCUAUAGACGAUGCAUCUCUUAGUCUAUUACUCAAUCGAUACCUGAUCCGAAUAAAUCAGGACCCUCUAGGGUUAAUGGCGAAGCAAGUCAAGACUUCAAGGUCAGGCCAUACGCAAAUCUGGCUGAAAAGUUUGGGCGACGAGUCUCUAGGAAAGUAUGCAAUAUGCGUGUUCCGUGAAGGAUCCGACGAUCAAAGCACGAUAAUGACCUUCAGCUUGAAAGAUUUAGGUGUCAGCAAACCAGAGAAUGAUGAUAUUCAAUUCAAAAUUUUCGACAUAUUCACGGAGCAAAAUUUCGCCGGUGAAACUGUUUCUUGGGACAAGCAGCUUGAAGUUUACGUUCACGAUUUCGACGCUAUUGUUUGGAUUGUGAAGUUAAACGGCAGUAAAACCAAAGAUAGUAAACUGAUUAUAAUUGAGGACAUUUUAAGCCUUAAUUAACAAUUCAUUUCUAUUUUCGUUUCAA